UGGGAAUAAUUAAUGACGUCGCGCUGUAAACACGACUGACGCUCAGCUGCGUGGCCGAAGCGUCCUCCAAGAGCCCGAGACCUCUCCAGGUUCCCGUGUUUAUUUCUCGACCGGACCGCUGAAAGGCACUAAAAUAACUGCGGUUCAACUCGACUUUCAUAUGCGGUCUCCAAAACCAAGACGACGGUGCCGCAUCAGUCCUACUAAGUGCCAUGGCUAGAAAGACGGACAUCCCCUCCUCUUACUAUGGUGAGCCACGCAAGUUCGACCCAAACUUCAGAGGGCCUGUUCAUAACAGGAGCUGCACUGAUGUGGUUUGCUGUGUUAUUUUCAUCAUCGUCAUCCUCGGCUACAUCGCUCUGGGCACUGUCGCCUGGAUCCAUGGCGACCCCAGGAAGGUCAUCUAUCCAACCGACAGCCACGGUCAUUUCUGUGGCCAUCAGAACACCCCUAAUGCAAACAAAGCCAUAUUAUUCUACUUCAACAUGUUGAAAUGUGCCAAUCCUGCAGUUUUAAUUAACCUCCAGUGCCCUACAACCCAGCUCUGUGUCUCCAAGUGCCCUGACAGAUUUGCAACUCUCCUGGAUGCGUGGAAUACCAAAAACUGGGAAUAUUACAAGCAAUUCUGCAAGCCGGGUUUCAAGAUGGGCAGCAAGUCAGUUGCAGAAGUCAUUCGAGAUGAAGACUGUCCAUCUAUGAUUGUGCCAAGCAGACCUUUCCUUCAGCGGUGCUUCCCUGAUUUCAUUACAAGAAAUGGAAUUUUAACUGUAGCCAAUCAGACCAUCUUCAAAGACGGACACAAUAACGAGCGAAGUGUCAGCGACCUCAAAGAUGCUGCAAAACGUAUUGCCAGUCUGCUGAACGCCAACGAAGUCAGCAUGAAGAUCUUUGAGGAUUAUGCAAAUUCCUGGGACUGGAUCCUUAUCGGUUUGGUGAUAACCAUGGUGGUCAGUUUGCUCUUUAUCCUGCUGUUGCGCUACACUGCUGAUGUGCUCCUGUGGCUCAUUAUCUUCAGUGUCAUUGCUGUGGUCGGCUACGGUAUCUGGCACUGCUACUGGGAGUACAGUACUCUGAGCAGGAAGCCAGGCGCUAAUAUCACCAUCUCUGAUAUCGGCUUCCACACAGACUUCAGCAUUUACCUUCAGCUCAGCCAGACCUGGCUCAUCUUCAUGAUCUCACUUUCUGUGAUCGAGGCCAUCAUUUUGAUUAUGCUGAUAUUUCUGAGGAUGAGGCUGCGCAUUGCUAUCGCCUUAUUGAAAGAGGGAAGCAAGGCCAUCAGCUACAUCAUGUCUACUCUCUUCUACCCUAUCAUCACCUUUUUCCUUCUGGCCAUCUGCAUCGCUUACUGGGCUGUCACAGCCGUAUUUUUGGUAUCAUCUGGUAAUGCAGUCUACAAGGUCACACCUACUGACGAUAAAUGCAUGUAUGCCAACCUCACAUGCAGCCCAAAGACCUUCAAUCAGACCAAUAUUACCAAAGUGUGCCCCGGGUCACAAUGCAUGUUUGCCUUCUACGGCGGGGAGAGUGUGUACCAUCGCUAUAUCUUGGUCCUCCAUCUGUGUAACCUGUUUGUGUUCCUCUGGCUGGUCAACUUUACCAUUGCGCUGGGCCAGUGCACCCUGGCUGGGGCCUUCGCAUCCUACUAUUGGGCUCUGAAGAAGCCAAAUGACAUCCCUGCCUGCCCACUUUACUCCUCUUUUAGCAGAGCCAUACGUUACCACACAGGUUCUCUUGCCUUUGGUUCUCUGAUCCUGGCUGUGGUGCAGAUGGUUCGCGUUGUUCUCGAAUACCUGGAUCACAAACUGAAAGGUUCUCACAAUGCAUGUGCUCGAUUCCUGCUCUGCUGCCUCAAAUGCUGCUUCUGGUGCCUGGAACAUUUCAUCAAGUUUAUAAACAGAAAUGCAUACAUUAUGAUAGCAAUAUAUGGGAAGAACUUCUGCACCUCUUCCAAGGAUGCUUUCUUCCUUUUGAUGAGGAAUGUUGUUCGGGUGGCUGUCCUGGACAAGGUGACAGACUUUCUGCUCUUUCUGGGAAAACUUCUUAUUUCAGGAAGUGUCGGUGUUCUUGCAUUUUUCUUCUUCACGCGUAAAAUACCAGUCAUUCAAGAGGAGGUGCCAUCCCUAAAUUACUUCUGGGUCCCCCUUGUGACGGUGAUAUUUGGAUCCUACAUGAUUGCACACGGCUUUUUCAACGUCUAUGCCAUGUGUGUGGACACAUUGUUCCUGUGCUUUUUGUGGGAUCUGGAGGUGAACGACGGCUCUCCUGAUCGACCCUUCUACAUGAACCAAACCUUGCGGAGGAUCCUUCACAAGGAGAACGUAAAGAAGCGGAGCAGGAAAUAAACAAAAGAUGAAAGGUGGGGGCAGGGGGAAGACUGACUGAUUUGUUUACCAAAGUUUGGUAGAAGCCCAUGUGUCAAUAAGCAUUUUGACAAACAAAAUCUGAAAGUCUACACAAGUUGCCACUGUACACUAUAAUGGACAAACUUUAGAUAAGCAGCUGUAAUAAUCAGAGUCAUUCUUUGGUAUUUACAGCCAACUGCAGGAGUCAGUUUGUCUAAAAAAGUUAAUAUUUUUGAUGGUGUGCCAAGUCACACCAAGUUCUUGUAAAUCUGUUUUUUUAAAAUGCAGUUUGUUUUGUAUGUUUUACAACCACAGCCAUACUGCACAGUAGGUUUCUAUUGUGAUUUCUUUCUUUAUUGAGUUUGGGGUAAACAUAAGCUGUUUUUGCUCUUAAUCUCCUGGAGUAACUGAUCUUCACCACUAGGUGGCGCCAAUCAUCACCAGAAGUCUUCUGUGUACUGUUGCUGAGGUGUGAGUGCACUGCUUAUUGAAGUAGUUUUCCUAUGAAAUGAUCAAAUGUUACCUCAUCUAUGUAUUGUGUUAUCACAGUUUUCGACCUCAAAUUGUCUCACAUUGAGAAACAUGUUGUCCAGAGAGUGUCCAGUGUUUCAUUAUUUAAUUGACAAGGACGCAGUGGCAUAGCAGUCCGGCGUUUCACUCUUGAAGUGCCUUUUGUUUUUUGGAGUGGGGGGUUCUAGAAUUGCCACAUUGAGUGUGAAAUUGCGUCUUGCAGCUCCACAGUUUACAUUUGAAGAUUCUUUCCUUUAAUUUUUUUAAAACAACUUGCAAAAGGGAUCGUCAGCAGCCAAUGAUGGAAGCUCUGUUCAGCAAAUGUUGGGGUAGGAAUGUACCAGUAGAAGUCAAAGGAUGUUCUAUCUUUAGUAGUUUAAAAAAAACAUCACAUAUCCAUAAAAUCACAGGCUUAUUGUCAGCAGCUACCUGUGUGUCAAGCCACCAAAAAAUGCGGACCCUGUAGGCUACCUGUUAAAUAUGUGCUGUUGUUUUACUUUCUAACCUCCUAAUACGAUACAUGAGUGUCACUCACAGCUGCUCUUAACGUGAUAUUCCCCUGUGCCUUAGUAAUAUUAGAGUCACGUUCUGUUUCUUGUACUCCAAUACUACUAAGUUGUCACAUCAUAAAAAACAUUACCAGACAUUUCUGAAGGUACACCUGCGGUGUAAACCGCUUCUCUGUUGUCUGUUUCAACCGUUUCAACCACACCUGCAUGAGCUAAGGACAAAUGCAGUGCAUGAAGCCUUUCCAACAAACAAUAAGAGUCUUGUUAUUUCUGUAGUGUGUGUACUCUGUGAAAGUUAACGUUUCACCUCAAUUCUGAAGUUGAUUGAGCAAAACGUAAGGCCAGCAUUUCUUUUUGCAAUUAUGAACCUCAUUUAAAACAGUGUUUUUGUGACUGGGUCUGAUCCAAAGAGGGGCUGGUCCCAUAUUGUUGAGUUAGUUAGGUAUUAGCCAAAUAGGGCUUUGUUCAUUAAUCAAUUUGAUGAUGAUGAUUUUUUUUUUUUUAACUUGCCGCAUAUGUAAGCACAUGCAUGUCACCAGACAAAGCCUAUAUGCUUUUCUGAAAUGACUCAUGCCGGGUCAGUUUGCCUCAUUGUUUGUAUUGCUGACGAACAAGGUUUAGGUGUCACCGGGCCGUUGGUCAGGUGACUGAUGAAAUAAAUGAGCGUUGGAGCAGUUGGCAGUUUAACACACUGCGUCCUUGUAUUUUGCAGACUUCAAACUUCUGGUGAGGUCUUCUUUUUUUCCUAAAUGUAGUCAUGCAUCGCUUGGAAUGAUGCUCAGCUUCAUAUCUUUGAGAUGUGACUCAUGCUUGUGAGUCUUUGUACUAUGUUUGUCAAAACUGAGAACCUGCCCUCAUGGUGCCUCAGAGUGACAGCACUGCCAGACUUACACACCUUCUGCCCCCGUUUGAGCUGAGCACGCUUAAACACGUCCGACAUAAGCAUUCAAUUAAAGCAAAACAACUCAGCUUGUGUAUUUGAAAGGGAGAGAAAUGGUGCAUGUGGUGCUAAGUGUGGCAUGUUAUGCAUAUAGCACGUUGUUAUUUCUUUUUAUAUAUAUAUAUAUACUGAAUAACUUCUGUACUCCCAGUUGUAUUUUGUAUCUUUGUGUGCAUGCAGCUCAGGUUCAGUUUCAGCCCCAUGAGGGUGAAUACCUAAGAUCUGAUAAGUGAAGUAAAAACUGUGUUUUUAUAUGCCUCCCCCUCCCUCCCUUGUCUGGAAAUUAGAUUCUUUUGGUCAACCACAGUCAACAAGUAGACACAAGUAAAACUUGUGCGUCAGUUUUCUUACCACAAACUCUUAAAAGUUGAACUCUGAAAUGCAGUGCUUGAACCUGUCGAAACUGUUUUAUUUAUUGUUGCUCAUUUGUGCAGAAAAGCCUGUCAUAUAUUUAUUUAUACAGUAAAAGUUGCAUGUUUUUAACAGAAUAUAUUGCUUGUAUGUCUACUCAAAUAUAGAUGUGUUUUUUUACUUCUAUUUUUAUCAAUAAAUUGUUUACUCUACGA